AUGGAAGAAGAAAAUCGCACAGUGCAGCACAGCGCCAUGAACGGCACUGCAUCAGAGCACGCCUCCAAACCAUCAACAUAUAGUCAUGACUCAGAGCCGCCACCGCCCCAAGCAGGAGCAGCUGCAGCCGCGUUGAUGCAGCACUGCUUCAGUGAGGAGCUCCUGGACAGCACAGUGCACUUCCAGGUGAUGGACCUGGGCCGCCAGCUGUACAUCUGGGUGGGCACCAGUGCUGCCCAAAUGGGCAGCCUCUGCUUUGCCUCUCCAAUAGGCGCGGCAAGGGGAAUGCCGCCAGUGGCGACGCUGGUCAGGGGAGCGAACGAAGGAAGCAGCGCCAGCCUGGCGCAGCGGCUGGCCAAGCGCGCGGGCCGCCCGGUGGCGGUGGCUUGGAGCCUGCCGGAGGAACCCCCGGCGUUUGGGCUUGUGGCGGAGCGCCGCCUGAUGCGCGAGCUGCAGACUUUGCAGCUGGUCAGCCAGCCUGCGUCGCCGUGA